AAAAGCCGCCGCGUCACGUGACGCCGCCCCUUUCCCAAGCAGCCCCCCGCGCUCAGCGGCACGAGGCGCGAGAAGCGUCCCCGGCUCACCGCUGUUCGUCGCUUCAAAGAGUUCGCCUCAUUGUCUGUGACGAAUACGUCGGCCGGCGGUCACGAUGGCAUACAAAGACGCAGGCAAGGCUCCCGUGGACUCGGAGGUGUCCAUCCAUCGCAUCCGCAUCACCCUCACGAGCCGCAAUGUCAAGUCUCUGGAGAAGGUUUGCGCCGACCUCAUCCGUGGCGCCAAGGACAAGAACCUUCGCGUGAAGGGACCGGUCCGCAUGCCCACCAAGGUGCUGCGCAUCACAACGCGCAAGACCCCGUGCGGUGAGGGCUCCAAGACGUGGGAUCGCUUCCAGAUGCGCAUCCACAAGCGGCUCAUCGACCUGCACAGCCCCUCCGAGAUCGUCAAGCAGAUCACCUCCAUCAGCAUCGAGCCGGGCGUCGAAGUGGAGGUCACCAUCGCCGACGCUUAGGCUCCAGCCCGAUGAUGACUCGCUCGCUCACUCACCCACCCACCCGAUCGCUCACCCCACCCCCAACGCUCGCUCGUUUGCUCGCUCGUGUAAGCGCGUGCUUGUGCGUUUGAGUACGUGAACGAACGCUCAGGUGGGCCUGCGUGGCCACGUACUCGCGCAUUGUGUAUACCAAACCAUUGUGUACACCAAACCCACGCUGAGUAAGCAUCACGCGCGCGUGCACACAACAGUGUCCGCGUUGUACUCUGACGCGGGAUGUUGCUUCGGGCAGUGAGCGGAGAUUCCGCCUGUGAGCGGAAAACCCCGAGUGCCAUCGAGCAGUGGAGUACCGAUGCCACGUGCAUUUGUUAAAAGAAUUUGAAAAAUAAAAAUGGAAAAUGUUGAAGUG